AUGAAACUAAUCAGGUUUGAUAAAUUUGACAAGUCUUGUCUCUAAUCUUAGCAUGAAAUCAAAUUAGCAACUAAUUUCACAAGAACUCCAAAAGCAAGCCAGUCUUAAACAUUUAUCACAUUCAAAUCAUCUCCUGGGAAUUCAAAAAAAAGCAGUAUUCAUCAAUAAUCAACUCAUGUUAUCCAUCACAAAAGUUAAUUCUCGCAGACAUUCAAAUUGUAGAAUCAAACACUCUCAUCGUAAAAUGCAAAUGAAACAGUCUAAAAAUGUAUUUCAAUUCUUUCUAAGUUGAAAUCAACUUCCCUUUUACUUUUUCCUAAAAAACAAUUAACUCAAAAAACAAAAGAGAAAAUGGACCAAUUAUCAGGUAUCGUGAAUUAAAUGGUACCAUCACAAAGUAAUGAAGAACAGAAGAAGCUGAAUGCUCAGAAUCAGGAGAAAAUAUAAUAAAUGAUGAAGCUCCUCAUUCAAGAGAAACAAUAAAAAUAUCAAGCCAUCAAAUCCGGCGAGAGUUUGAUCAAAUAGCAACAAGAAUAAAUUUUAUCCUUGAAGACAAGAAUAUCUUUAUAUGUUACCAAGUCAUGA